AUGGGGGAGCAAGCAGAUUUAAGCUCCACACCAGCAACAAGCCAAGUGCAGCCAGAUCCGAAAAACAUGCCGGAAACGGCUUUUGUAAUCGCCUUUUGUGUCAAGUUCAUGGAGGCUCUUAACAAAAUUUAUUUCUGGCCAGAAGUGAGUCAAUUAUUGACGGAGUUGGAUGCUGCUUUAAGUAGCAAUGAAGAAAAUCCAUUACUUGAAAAGUUACAUCGUCUCUUUAUGAGAAACUUGUUAAAUUUAAAGGCUUUGCCUGAAAGGAGACAUUGGAUGAAAAAGUUGUCCGAAAUCAUUUCGGAUAAGAUCGAAAAUCAGGAAGAUUUUUAUCUUGAUCACAACCCCUUGAAACGCGUGAAUGACAAUUAUUAUGCGCUCGGUGUCCGUGACAAGGUAAUGAUUUUGCAGUACCUUGUCAGUUGGCAACUGGUAGGCUCUAAUAAAAUAAGAGAGCUUAUACAAGAACAACACAAGGGAGUGUCAGAAGAGGAAAUUAAACCAUUGGAAGUAGAAGUCCUCGGUGAAGACACUAAAGAGUCGAAGUAUUAUUAUCUUGGUAUUGGUGCUAGAAUUUAUCGUGAGACGCUGGUCCCCGAAUCUGGAAAUUCGUCUUUGUCACAUAUAAAAUGGGAGGCUAUAUCAACUACAAUCGAUGAUCUUAAAAAUUUUGCGUCUGAUCGUAAUGAAAUAGACCCAAGCAGAUCCGAAAAAGAGAAAUUAUUGUAUACGAAAAUAGUUAACCAAGUUAUCCCUUACCUCGAAGAAGUAGCAAAGGACAAAGACCGUGAAGUGGAAGAAAAAAAGAGAAGGGCUACAGAAAGAGAAGCGCAAAAAGAAAUUGAAAGGCUUAGACAGCUUAAAGCUAUCGAGCAAAUGCACAAUAAUGUUGAGAUUUUACCUACAAGAACGCGUGUUAGGAGACCACAAUCUACUCCACAAUCUACUCCACAAUCUAUUUCUAUCACCACGACGAAUAAUUCAAAUAUGGAUUCGCAUGAUAACCAAUCCGUCGUUAAUACAACGAAAGAUAGUUCCAAUACAGUUAAAGCAGAACUUAAGGAUAGCAUGAGUUCAUCUAAAGAAGAUGGUGAGGAUAUAUCAAGUACAUCUGCUAAAGAAAGUAAUCAUGAUACAUUGAAUAAAUAUAACAAUGAUAUUAUGGAUAAUCAGAGCACAUAUAGUAAGAGUAGCAAAUCUGUUUCGAAUAAACCUAGAAAAAAUAAUAAAGAAAAAACUAGUAAAUCUAAGAAAAGCAGUAAAGAUGGCUCAGAUGAAACUAAAAAAAAGAACAGUGUCCGCAAAAAUUCAAAAUCGGCCAAAAAGUCUGCUCCAAUCGAUACGACAAUAAUCGAAAGUGUACCCACCGAUUAUGUUAAAAGUAGCGUAAAUAGUUACGAAAAUAUGCAACCAGAAGACGCUCCUAUAGGUAAUUCGUCAGUGACUGAAAAUGCAACAUACGAACAUCAUGAACUUGGACCUCAUAAACUUGGCAAUAUUGUUAUACCUGAGAAAACAGCUUUUGCCAGUGAUACUACAAUUUCUUCAUCAAGUCCAAGUAAAGCUGUAGUAUGCAUUGGAAAUCAACCAAUUGAUAAUGUUAAACCGAAUGAACCACUUAAAACUGUAAGUAAGGGCCGUGGUCGCCCUAGAAAAGACAAAAAUGCUGUUAGAGCUCCAUAUACAAAAGUAGGUAAAGGACGUGGGCGUCAAAAAAAAUCCACUACCACUGAUGCAUCCGUAAGGGAUGGUCAGGAUUCAGGAAUCAACAAGGGUGUUCCUGGGGAAAUCACUUUUAGCAUUUCAAAUAGCGAAGGUGUUCAACCUUGGAACAAUGCACCUCCAACCAUCUUAAAUAACACUAUUUCAGCUACAAUGAUUAGUGAUAUUGUUACAAAUACUAGUUCUGACACUAAUGAUAAACAAUUUGGCUCCCCUUCCCAGAGUCUCAAUAUAUCUGGAUUUAGUCAGUCCCAGAACGUAACCGGUAUUGCAAAUCAAGUGAAUGUUACUGUUCCUACCAUUGAUGACAAUGGCACAAGAUCCGGAGAAGUAGUUGAUAGUUCACAAAAUGUAAAUCAUUCUUCUAAUGAAAACUCUAUAACAUCCGUCUUUAAUGCACCGACCAUUGAAACGAUUGCCGACGAAGUUCGUUUAAAAUCUUCAAAAAUGACAUUAGAUAAUCUCUUAACAUACGAGCCUAAUAGCGGGGCUUUGCAUUCAGAAUUUCUUUCUACUGGUAAUCAAGCUUUUACACCAACAACAAAUAUUCCACAAAAUAAGAGCACAACUGAAAUUGAUCAUUCAGGACAUCCUUUAAUAACUAAAAUUGCAUCAUUAAUUACUCCAGUAGAAACUGAUACUGAAACUACAAAAUUAAUGGUGAAUAAUUCAAUUGAUAAUGUUGAACCAAAUGAGCUGGAGGAACAUAAUGUUAAUUCCGAUUCGAAUUUCUGGAGAACGUCUGUUGCAUCUCUUCUUAAUACUGAAAAAAUUCGAGAUAAUAAUGACGUUGGGUUGACGGUUUCAAACGGAAAUACUGACCACUUAUCAGUAACGAGAUCCUCGAUUAAUUCAAAUAUUCAACCUAACAAAUUGAGUAUAGAUACUAAUAUUGUUGAUAAACGAUCAUCUAAAAGACAUCAAACUCGUUCGACACGUCCUAAUUCACAAGCUAGAAUUGUUGAGUCGAUUAACACCUCAAAUGUCGACCCUAGUGGUCAAUCUACUUCUGAUAAUAAAAAACGAAGACAACCUAGUGAUGAUCUUUGGUAUGAACGGCCAUUAACUCGUAAUCAAGCAAAAGCAGCAGCUAUGAAUGACGUUAGAUUAGUUGACGCAGUUAAUGGAACGAAACGUAAAGAAGAAGAUCGUCAACAAAAUGACCAUGAGUUGCCAGAACGCCCUAAAAAGAGAAAAAGGCGUUUUUUAACUGAAACAGAAAUUGAUGAUUCGAUCGGCAUCUUUGUAGCUGUUGAUUCAAAGGGCAACAUAGAUAUAAUUAAUGACAAAGAAAUUUUGUCUCAACCUCCUCCUGAGGGGGAUACGGAGAAACACAUAUAUUUUCAACCUGGUCCAGUUGGAUUUCUUAAGCUCGAUACGUCUUUAAAACAUUCUUUCUUUCAAGAAGAUGAAGUAUUUGGUGAGACUGACAGUGAAUUGUCAAGUUGUGGAUCAGUUUCAUCGAUUGAUACAGACUAA